UGAAAAGUCGCACUGGACGUUUCCAAUAAUUUGUGCAAUGCACUCACUUGUUUUAGUAUUUUCACGAUUCAUGGAUUCUGCCGCGAGGGCGUCAUUGGCAGGCUUUGUGUCGACGUCUGUUCUCACCUCUUCCGAUGGCCUUUUCGGCGACAACGUAGAGGAGAAGCGCGUGACGGAGGCGCCUGCCCCGCGACCCGAGGACACUGCAGGAUACAAACCAUUGUAUGAGCAACUACAGGGGCGCAAAGAGCAGAAGGACAGCGAGUGGAAAGAGAAGAACAACCCCUUCGCACCCCCGAAGGGUCUAGAUGAAGAGGAAUUCGAAUACAUACAAGACCUCGAGAGUAAGAGGGAGGAUGUGGAACGGAAGCGCCAAGCUCAGCACGAGGAGGACCUUGCUCAAUUUUUGGUGGCUCGCGGCGCUCCUAAAUCUACAGUUAGUGCGCAGCUAUCGUCGCAGCAUUUACUGAAGUAUCCUGUAAAAAAUGAGUUGGAGGCGAGUAACAAAAAGGCCGCAACGGUGGUGGUUAAGGCUAAACGGAAGACAGGAAAGGAUAGGACUGAUUCCAAGAGUGCAGCUUCAAAAGCGAAGGAGGAACCACUGAAGAAGAAGCUGAAGGUGGACAAGUCGUCUGACACGGAGAAGCAGUCGAACACAGCAGCUCUUGGGCUUGCUGGGUACGGCAGUGACAGUGAAAGUGAUGACGCUGACGCAAGCUAGUGUAAUGCUGCUUAAUUCGAGGUCUUCUGUCACUCUACUUAUAUUUUGAAUCGUUGCCGAAAAGAGAGGGAGGGUUGAUACCGGAUGGUCGUAAUGACUUGGGCUGAAGUAGACGAGGUGCAGCUCCGAGACUACGUAGCGGAGGAGAUGCUUCUACCAAGACCCUUCUGGUAGUUCGUGCAACCAUUCGCUUGGGUCUGUCGGGCGUCCGCAUGACCACUGACGAAGUGGUCAUCGCUCGGCGCAAUGGCGGUGAGCAAUUAUUGGCUGUUGCAUCUGUUCUUCUGGCCGCGCCUGGCGAUGAUGACAUUGCAGGUUGCCGUCCAGUAUAGUUAGAUCGGUCCGACAUCGCUCGGUGGAGGAGAGGCGCUGCAGGUCCUUUCUUACUGGAUUCCACAACGGCGCGACGCAGCAGAUCAGUCUCGAUACGCUUUCCGAUGCUCGACACCGGGCCAGUCUUAGCUGUUCGAGCAAAGUCGUGAGUUCUCGAUUGGUUUGUCGAUUUGGCACUGGCUGCCGCGCGAAGAAGCGAGUCCUGACUACUUCGUGCACUUCUACUUUUGUCAGCAUUUUUGCUUUUACUUGCGCCGCUGUGGGUUGUAGAGAUCCGCCUUGACUUGUGAGGUCGUGACUGAAUAAUCUGCUUUUGCUGCAACUGAUGAGGGAGCUGGACUUCCUUAAACAAGCCACUUGCAUCGGGGCGAGCACGCUUUGCCGGUCGUUCUUGGCGUAAUGCAGAUAAAAUGCUGCCUUUGCCGGUAACACCAGCCUUUGGAAGUUCGACAGGACGCUGAGGUGGCUUCACCACAGGCUGCAAAAAUAAGAUAGCAAAUUCUAAAAGGUAAGACGGUAAAACCAACACCAAUCAUUACACGGA